AUGUCUUCCAAAAAAUUCAAAGAAACUAAAACUAUACUUACCAAUAAACAAAGAAAAGAUAUAAUUAAGCACAAAGAAAAAAACCCUCAAAUUAGUCAAGCUGAUCUCGUCAGUUGGGUAAAGCAAACAAUGGGUCUAAUGGUUCAUCAAACUACCAUUAGCCGUUUAAUAAAGAAUAAAGAAGAAAUUAGAAAAAAUCCUGUAGCAAAAAGACAAAAAACAGUUCAACACCCAGUUACCAACCGAUUUACUUGUAAUACACAACCAGACACUACGCUUGCAACUGUUCGUCUUAAAGGAAAAAAAAUUAAUAAAGAACGGCUAACAUUGGCACUUUGUGCCAAUGCUGACGGGACAGAUAAAAUGAUGCCAUUUGUUAUUGUUUUGUUGUUCCAAAAAUGGCUUAAGAAAUUUGAUUUGAAAAUGGCUGGUCGCAACGUAAUUCUCCUAAUGGAUAAUGCAAAAGUUCACUCUUGGCUUCUUGAUCAGUAUGAGUCCGAAAAAGAUAAUAAAAUGGAUGUUCUUACCGCUAUAAAAUUCAUUGUUCGAGGAUGGAGAGAAGUGUCAUCAGAAACCAUAAAAAAUUGCUUUCGACACACAGGAAUUCUUCCAUUAGUUCAAGAUAAUAAUGAAGAACCUACCACUUAUAAUAAUGAUGAUGAUAUAAUGGAAGAGUUGUAUAAUAACAUCGAAUUGCUAAAUUUACAAAAUGUAAUGGAUCUUGAAGACUAUAUAGAUUAUUCAGAAGAAAGAAUCGUAACAGGAAUAAUGAGCGACCAGGAAAUUUUAAACCAAGCCACAUAUCAGGAACCUCAACAGGUUGAAAGUGAUGAGGAAGAUGAUAGUGUAGAAACGCCCCAAAUUACUCAUAAGGAAGCAUUAGAUGCUAUUCAUCGGUUGGAGUUAUAUCUUAUGCAACAAGACCUUAAUUAUGUAGUUCAAACAGAAAACGACGUAGCCCUGUCAAAAUUGUAUGAGUUAGUAAGAAAGAUCCGGAAUGCUUCAUUUAAACAACUAAACAUAGAAACCUUCUUUGAACCAGUUGGUAAUGAUGACCAACAAAACGAUGAUAAUUACUCAUUUGAGUAG